AGCCCGGCGCUCCCGGCCCCGCCGCCGCCGCACCGCGCCCCGCAGGAGAAGCGGAACCGGACCCGGCGGCCGAAGCGGCCCGCGAGGCGCGGGAGGCAUGAAGUUGGGCGCGCACGGGCCUCGGAGCCGGGGGGAGCCGGGAGCCGCCCGAAUCUAGAGCCCGCGAGGUGCGUGCGCCAUGGAGCUCGGGGGCCCCGGGGCGCCGCGGCUGCUGCCGCCGCUGCUGCUGCUUCUGGGGACCGGCCUCCUGCGCGCCAGCAGCCAUGUGGAGACCCGGGCCCACGCUGAGGAGCGGCUCCUGAAGAAACUCUUCUCCGGUUACAACAAGUGGUCCCGACCCGUGGCCAACAUCUCGGAUGUGGUCCUUGUCCGCUUCGGCCUGUCCAUUGCUCAGCUCAUUGACGUGGAUGAGAAGAACCAGAUGAUGACCACGAACGUAUGGGUGAAGCAGGAGUGGCACGACUACAAGCUGCGCUGGGACCCGGCUGACUACGAGAACGUCACCUCCAUCCGCAUCCCCUCCGAGCUCAUCUGGCGGCCGGACAUCGUCCUCUACAACAAUGCUGAUGGGGACUUCGCAGUCACCCACCUGACCAAGGCCCACCUGUUCCAUGACGGGCGGGUGCAGUGGACACCCCCGGCCAUCUACAAGAGCUCGUGCAGCAUCGAUGUCACCUUCUUCCCCUUCGACCAGCAGAACUGCACCAUGAAAUUCGGCUCCUGGACCUAUGACAAGGCCAAGAUCGACCUGGUGAACAUGCACAGCCACGUGGACCAGCUGGACUUCUGGGAGAGCGGCGAGUGGGUCAUCGUGGACGCCGUGGGCACCUACAACACCAGGAAGUACGAGUGCUGCGCUGAGAUCUACCCGGACAUCACCUACGCCUUCGUCAUCCGGCGGCUGCCGCUCUUCUACACCAUCAACCUCAUCAUCCCCUGCCUGCUCAUCUCCUGCCUCACCGUGCUAGUCUUCUACCUGCCCUCCGAGUGCGGCGAGAAGAUCACGCUGUGCAUCUCCGUGCUGCUGUCGCUCACCGUCUUCCUGCUGCUCAUCACCGAGAUCAUCCCGUCCACCUCGCUGGUCAUCCCGCUCAUCGGCGAGUACCUGCUGUUCACCAUGAUCUUCGUCACCCUGUCCAUCGUCAUCACGGUCUUCGUGCUCAACGUACACCACCGCUCGCCGCGCACACACACCAUGCCCGCCUGGGUACGCAGGGUCUUCCUGGACGUCGUGCCGCGCCUGCUCCUCAUGAAGCGGCCGUCUGUGGUCAAGGACAAUUGCCGGCGACUCAUCGAGUCCAUGCACAAGAUGGCCAGUGCCCCGCGCUUCUGGCCCGAGCCGGAGGGGGAGCCUGCCGCCACAAGCGGCACCCAGAGCCGGCACCCGCCCUCGCCGUCCUUCUGUGUCCCCCUGGAUGUGCCGGCUGAGUCUGGGCCUGCCUGCAAGUCGCCCUCCGACCAGCUCCCCACUCUGCAGCCCCCGGAAGCUGAGAAAGCCAGCCCCCACCCCUCGCCUGGACCCUACCACCCACCCCACAGCACCCAGGCACCAGGGCUGGCCAAAGCCAGAUCCCUCAGCGUCCAGCACAUGUCUAGCCCUGGAGAAGCGGUGGAAGGUGGUGUCCGGUGCCGGUCUCGGAGCAUCCAGUACUGUGUUCCCCGAGACAAUGCCGCCCCCGAGGCGGAUGGCCAGGCUGCCGGCGCCCUGGCCUCUCGCAAGACCCACUCGGCUGAGCUCCCACCCCCAGACCAGCCCUCUCCAUGCAAAUGCACCUGCAGGAAGGAGCCCCCUUCGGUGUCCCCGAGUGCCACGCUCAAGGCCCGCAGCACCAAAGCACCACCCCGGCACCUGCCCCUGUCACCGGCCCUGACCCGCGCGGUGGAGGGUGUCCAGUACAUCGCAGACCACCUGAAGGCUGAAGACACAGACUUCUCGGUGAAGGAGGACUGGAAGUACGUGGCCAUGGUCAUCGACCGCAUCUUCCUCUGGAUGUUCAUCAUCGUUUGCCUGCUGGGGACCGUGGGCCUCUUCCUGCCGCCCUGGCUGGCUGGCAUGAUCUAGGAAGGGACCGGGAGCCUGCGUGGCCUGAGGCUGCAGCACACGGCGUCAGCGUCCAUGAGGCCGGCCUGGGGCUGGGCUGGCUCCUCCCCGGACUCUGCAGGGCCACACAUUUGCCAAAUUAUCCUUCCUGUUCUGUGUCUGC